AAUCCACCCCCACUACCACUACUACCGAUUACUAACAUUCAUCAACUUCAUUUUCUCUCUCCUCAAAACUUCAAACAAAAACGAAAUUUCAGAUCUACGAAACCCUAAAAUCGAUCAAUCAAAAUCAAUCAAAAUUUCUGAAAGUUUUCUCUCCAAAAUUCUUCCCCAAACUCAGCAAUGGGGGAUUUUAACCUAGCAUUGCUGAUCGUCGCCAUUAUCGUAUGCGUAUUAGUCUUCGUCUUCAACGUUUACCUUCUAAUCAACUAUCAACACCCUGAUGACGUCAAUCAAGCAUAUUUCCCCAAAUUCGUCGUCGUUUUGGGUCUUUCCGUUGCUGUUAUCUCCAUUCUUAUGCUUCCUGCUGACGUCGCUAAUCGUCAUGCGUGUCGUCACGCUCUUUAUAACGGCGCUUGUCAAUUGACGUUACCGAUGAAGCAGCUUUGGCUUGCUAUUUACAUUAUCGACGCAAUUCUUGUGUUUUUAGUUAUUCCUUUUGCUAUGUUUUUCUAUGAAGGAGACCAGGACAAGAGUGUUGGAAAGCGGGUCAAAAGCGCGGUGUUGUGGGUGUCGGUAACUGCAGUGAUUUGUGGGCUUGUGCUGGGAAUUUUAUAUGGGGUAAUUGGUAAGGUGGAAUUUACUGUCCGGCAUCUUUCAUCUGCCACAACUUCAUUUCCUUCUUCGUGGAGCCUCUCUAGCGGCAGUCCAUGUCUUGGGAAUUCACGGCAGUGCUCUGCAUAUUCAGCAAGCCCUUCAUCAGAGACUACAUGGAGUAUGCGCACUACGUUCCCAGAAUACGCUGUUGCUCUUGCAACAAUUGCAGGAUCUUUCCUUUUUAUGAUAUUUGGUGGCGUUGGCAUUGCUUGUCUACCUUUGGGGCUCAUAUUUGCAUUCUUCAGGCGUCCAAAGGCUGUUAUUACUCGCUCACAGUAUAUUAAGGAAGCUACCGAGCUGGGUAAAAAGGCAAGAGAUUUGAAGAAAACUGCUGAUGAACUUCAUCAGGAGGAAAGAAGUGGCAGCAAGGGAAGAAAAUGGCGUAAAAAUGUGAAAGCAGUUGAAAAGGAGUUGCUUUUAUUGGAAGAAGAUGUGAAGGCUUUGGAAGAGAUGUAUCCUCAAGGGGACAAGGCUGAGACUGCUUGGGCUUUAACUGUACUUGGAUACUUGGGGAAGCUCAUAUUGGGAAUCUUAGGGUUGAUUGUUUCAGUGGCUUGGAUUGUACAUAUUCUGAUAUAUCUGAUAAUCAGGCCUCCUCUCUCUCCUUUCUUGAAUUUUGUCUUUGUCAAAUUAGAUGAUGUUUGGGGGCUGCUUGGUACUGCAGCAUUUGCAUUCUUCUGCUUCUAUCUUCUCGUGGCAGUUGUUGCUGGUGCAACUAUGCUCGGUUUAAAAUUAGUUUUCAUCACCAUCCAUCCAAUGAAGUGGGGAGCCACUCUCAUGAAUUCCUUCCUGUUCAAUGUUGGUUUGAUUCUUCUUUGCUCGAUAAGUGUGAUCCAAUUCUGUGCCACUGCAUUUGCAUAUUAUGCCCAAGCAACUGCUGCUGGCGAAAUAUUUGGUCACACGUUGCAGUCUCUUCGUGGCAUCAAAUAUUUAUACAAGUAUAAUGUGUUUCAAAUUGGUUUUGUUGCGUUAGCUAUACUGACAUUCCUCUACUAUGCGGCUUUUGGUUGGCGGAGAAGGAAGCCUUCUGGCAGGCUACAACUUUCUUCUUGAUCGUGUAUUUGGAAUGUAAAACUUGGCACUUUAAAGGUCUUGAAAUUGCAUACGACAUACUUCGGUUGUGUGAUGAAGUGUUUUGGCACAAGACUCGGGUAUCUGUUGUGGUUUGAGCAAGUUGAUGAGAGUGAUGCUGCAUUACGGCUAACAAUUUUUACUUAUUAUUCUCAUUGUAUGUAUUUUUUCUUGUUUGAUUUGUGUAAAAACCAAGUCUAGUACUUGUAGAGAGAUUUUUGGGGCAGGGCCGCAGGGGCGGGGCAGGGUGGGGUUGGAGGUACGAGCAUCAUGCUGUUGUAAUAUAUCUGGUGGCAGAGUGUAUGAUCAAGUACUUGCGUUUUAAAUUCAUUUGUUUUAUGAUUUUAUCAUUUUAUUCAUUCA